UUCAAUGUCUAACCUAAAUUUGUUUGUUACAACAAAUCUACUUGAUUUUUCUGUUUUAUGUUUCAAUAUUUUUGCAUUUCAAAGUUGAUGAAUGAACAAAAUAAUGUGGAUUACUGGGCAUGUGACACGUAGAAUAUUCCAUGAUGCAAUUCUAUGCAAUUUAAAACGGAAUCAAGCAGCAAGGCAGUGGUUGUGUACGACACUGACGAAGCCAAGUUCAAUAUCAGAUCAUAUAUUAUAUCCAAACGCAAAUAAAAAGCUCAAAGAAUAUUUGGACAAAUUGAAGGAAACUCAAUCGGGGCGAGCACAUGAAAAUGGACAUAUGCUGAAUAGUGUUUUGCAGCGAUAUGAACAUCGUUUGGUAAUUGUCGAUCAAUAUAAAGAAUUGGCCAGUGAAACAGCUAAUGAAAGCGAAGAAGAGAUGAUCGAUCUGGUGCGCGAAGAAAAGCAAAGGUUCAGUGAAGUGUUGACUCAAAUUGACGAAGAAAUAAUUGAUGACGUGAUUGCGUUGAACGACAACGACUCCGAUGUGAGUUCAAUUAUGCUCGAAGUUCAAGCUGGCAUUGGUGGACAAGAGGCCAUGCUAUUUGCAGGUGAUUUGUUCAACAUGUAUGCAAGAUAUAUCAAAUUCAAGAGAUGGGAUCAUGAGUUAAUCGAAGAAGAUAGUACUGAACUUGGUGGAGUUAGGAGCGCUUCAAUUCUGGUUCGUGGGUACAAUGCUUACGAAGUGCUGAAACAUGAAGCUGGCGUGCAUCGUGUACAACGCAUACCGAAAACCGAGAAAGGUGGACGCAUCCAUACAAGCACAGCAGUCGUAACAGUUGUACCAUGUGCGGAUGAUAUUCAAAUAAAAUUGAAUCCGAAUGAUUUGCGUAUUGAAACGAAGCGUUCCAGUGCUCCGGGUGGACAAAAUGUCAAUAAAUUGGAAUCGGCCGUUCGAAUCGUUCAUAUUCCCUCUGGUAUAGCGGUCGAGUGCCAAGAGGAGCGAACACAGCUGAAGAAUAAACAGAUUGCAAUGAGGAAAUUACAUAACAAGCUGUGGAAUAUUGAGUUCACUAAACAAGUAUCUUCACAAAUAACAACUCGAAAAAAUCAAACCGGUCUCCGUACACGCAAUGAAAAAUUACGCACCUACAAUUUUCCACAGAGUCGAGUCACCGAUCAUCGGAUCAGUGGCAAUGGAGGAACAGUUCAUAAUUUAGACGAAUUUCUAUCUGGCAAUGAACAUUUUGAUGAAUUCAUUGAGAAUGUAAACAAGCUAAUCCAACGCCAAAAGCUAAAUGAUAUUUUAGAUAGUAAAAUAUAAAUAAAUGAAUUUGAAUUGCUUAUUUAAACAGAAAUUACACGCAUUUUUUUUGCUAUAGUUUGCCUAAUUACCUGACAUUUUCCUGAAACUUAGAUACAUCUAUGAAUGAAAAUGUUUUGUGGGUUUUUAGCUUUUAUUGAAAAUUUUCUUGCAUUGAUAUGUUUCGAUAAACAAUUAAUCCGUAUUUUUCAAUCGAAGAAAUUGUUAGUGUACAAAACAAAAACAAAACAACAAAUGUCUCUCUAAAUGUCUUUUACAUCGUUUUAAAUUAGAGUACUUAAACAAUUGAUUCGAUGAUGUUAAUGAAUUAAAAUGCUAAUUAUUCCUUUCAGUCAUUCAAUUGUGACAACAAAAAAUUAAUUAAAUACAUCUCUUCUUGAUAUGUUUGAAUUGAGUGAAGU